AUGGGUUUGCGAGGGUCGAGAUUGGAACUUGCGCAGACACUGCUGGUCGUCUUGCCGAGCUUUAUACUGUUUGGGUAUAAUCAGUCUGGUCUUGGGGGUUUGUUGAGCGUGGAGAGCUGGGUUGAGACUUUUCCGGAGAUCGAUACAUUGCAUACCACGGGGAGGCAGAAGUCGGAGAAUAGCACUGUUCAGGUGAGAUUCGAGCCCGGUCAUUGGGGUGGGAGAUUUGCUGAUUGCAUUUUGAUUGCAGGGUGUCAUCGUCGCAACUUGCACUCUUGGAGCGCUCUUUGGAUCUCUGGCUUGUUCUUGGAUUGGCGACCCUCUUGGACGACGCAAGACUGUCCUACUCGCCGCGACUCUUACUUUCAUCGGUGAGGUGCUACAAUGCACUGCCUUUGGCCUGCCUCAAUUCACCAUCGGACGAUUCAUCCUAGGCCUUGGAGUCGGUGCUCUUAGCUCGACAGUCCCAGUCUGGCAAUCGGAAUGCUCCCAGGCCAAGAAUCGAGGCCGACACGUCGUCAUUGACGGCCUCUUCAUUUGCGUCGGAUACGUAUUGCAAGCCUGGAUCGAUCUCGCCUUCUUCCAAAUCAAAGGCAGCUCGCUAGCCUGGCGAAUGCCGCUGGUAAUCCCAGUCAUCGUCUCCGCGGUCCUCAUGGCCUCCAUCUACCUCUUCCCCGAAUCCCCUCGCUGGCUCGCAGGCAAAGGAAGAAUGGACCAAGCACGCACCAACCUCUCCCUCCUCCGCGACCAAGCAGCCGACAGCUACCAGAUCUCCACCGAACUCGGCGCCAUCGAACUCGCGCUGGAAGAAACCACCCGCGCCGCCCGCAAGCGCGAUCUCUUCACCAUGGGCGAACAUAAAACCCUCUACCGCUUCGCCCUCUGCCUCGUCCUCCAAUUCUUCCAACAAUGGUGCGGCAGCAACCUCAUCUCCUCCUACAGCACCACCAUCUUCCAGCAGGGCCUCGGCCUCUCCAGCGAGCUCGCCCGCGUCCUCUCCGGCGCCUGCCUCACCUGGAAAUUCCUGUCCUCCUUUGUCGCCUUCUUCACCAUCGACCGCUUCGGCCGCCGCACGCUGUUCAUGUUUUCCGGCUGCGGCAUGAGUCUGUGCAUGACCGCGCUGGCCAUCACCAACAGCAUGCCGACGGGCAACCAGAGCGCGCAGAUCGCCAGUGUCUUCUUCGUCUUCUUUUUCAACUUCUUCGUGCCCAUUGGCUUUCUGGGGUGUAAUUAUCUGUAUGUGACGGAGAUUGCGCCCGCGAGGUUAAGGAUGCCUAUGACGAGUUUUUCGACGGCGAAUCAUUGGUUGUGGUGAGUUCCAGAACGCCUGCUUUUUUUUCGUUUCUGUGCUAACGAAUUGGAAUCCAGGAAUUUCGCCGUCCUAAUGAUCACGCCCGUGGCGAUGGAUAGCAUCGGAUACCAAUACUACAUCCUCUUCGCCGUCUUCGGCGCGUGUAUUCCGCUGCUGGUCUUCUUCCUCUACCCGGAAACGAUGGGUCGAUCGCUGGAGCAGAUGGUAAGCCCGAUUUUUAUACACUCCCCAAAACAAAAAAAUUUCUCCCGCCCUCUUACUGAUCGAUUGCGUUCCCUCUUUCCACAGGACGAGCUUUUCAGGCAACAUGCAUCCAUCCCGGCCAUUGUCAGGGCUUCCUUGCAGAAGCCGGACGAUGAAUUGCAACGUCUCGCUGUGGUGGCCGAUCGCAAGGGAUAUGAAAGCUCCCUGCGGAUUGAAGAGAAGGCUUGA